AUCUGUCUCACCACCACCAGAUUUUGCCGUGCGCGCGCGAUAUCUAGCCUGUCCAAGCACGGAAGCCUUCGUCAUUGAUUGCUCCAGCGCGCCCGUAUCGUUUCCAGAACGCUCGCAAGCCUUCUGUCCGCCAUUUCUGUGCCCCCAUCAUCCUUGUACCCACAUUUUAUCCUCCGAGCCCUGAGACAGUAAAGGACUUCGGCCAAAUACUACCUGGACUGCCUGCCCACCGCCCAUCACAUCUGCCCCGCGUCGUUCUCAUUGCUGCCCUCGCUGCCUCACGCUUCUGCAACCCACACCACCACCACCAAACCACCACUCACAAUGGGAAAGCCGCCAAACCUUUACUCCUUCCAGGACGCCGACGUUCUUGCCAAGAGCCUGCGCACCUACUGCGUCGACGCCCAAAACCAGGCAUUGGAGCGCCAUGGCUCUUUUCGCAUCGCCGUCUCGGGCGGCUCGCUGCCCAAGGUCCUUGCCCAGGCGCUGCUCCCCAAGGGCAACGGCUCCAAGGAAGACAAGGUCGACUUCUCCAAAUGGCACAUUUUCUUCGCCGACGAGCGUGCCGUCCCCCUCGACCACGAGGACAGCAACUACGGCCUUCUGAAGGCUGAGCUGCUCUCCAAGAUCCCGGCCGAACUGGGCAAGCCUACCGUCUACCCCAUCGACACCCAGUACCUCAACGAUAUCCAGGAAAUGGCCGACCAGUACGAGCAGACGCUCGUCAAGGCCUUCGCCGCGCGCGACAGUGUCAAGAUCCCCAUGUUCGACCUCCUCCUGCUCGGCUGCGGUCCCGACGGCCACACCUGUAGCUUGUUCCCCGGAUCUCCCUUGCUGCGCGAAGCCGAGGCCUGGGUCCUGCCCAUCAGCGACUCCCCCAAGCCGCCGCCGCAGAGGAUCACACUGUCGCUCCCCGUGGCAGCUCACGGCAUCAAGAUUGCCUUUGUCGCGACCGGCGGAGGCAAGAAGGACAUCAUGAAGUCAAUCUUCGACACGGAGGAGGGCCACGCCCUGCCUUGCGGCCUGAUAAACUCGAUGGCGCAGGAGCGGGUAAGCUGGUUCACCGACUAUCCCGCGGUCGAGGGUGUAUCUUUCCCCAUCAGGAGAGGCAGUUUGUAGAUGGGAUUGGAGGGAGGUUGCAAGUUUUACGAGCCUACUUUUUUUUUCGUUGUCUGGGCGUAUUCUGGUGCUCUCUCGUUUCGGCCGAUGGAUAUCCAAAGCGCAGCGGUUGGCUCAGUCGAUUGUUAGCUUGGCAUAGAUAAUGCUUCUAUGACAAGAAAUAUAGAGAAUGGAGACUGGCGACUCAAAGUUAAUGCAGGC